AAAUGAGAACUGCUGUUUUAUUAACUUUAAAGCUGCUUGAUUUUGAACAAUUCCUUUCAUGCUACAAUUUCUUAACAGGAAAUACUAAGAAUUUGAUUCCAAAGUUCCCUAGCAUUGUCUGAGUCUUGACUUUAGUUCUGCACAUUGAAGUUUUAUCCUCUCCCACAUACCCUUACCAUCCUGUUUUUCUUAGUUGAAAACACACACACACACACACACCUGGUUGUGUGUGUACCUGGUUGAAAGAUGUGGACCAGGACUUUAAGCUUUGUCUUUAGCCUGAGCCUGGGAGCCAGCCGACCUGUCCCAGGAGAGAUGGACCCCCGCAACUGGAUCGCCUGUGGCGCCAGGGGUGUGAAUUUAUCGGUGGGAGAGGUGAAGAGAGCUCAGACAUCUGGCGCCACUCUCGGUUCUUGCAGCUUCAAUAAACUUCUUGCCGGAGGCCUGCGCCCGCUCGGCCAGCUCUUGGAAGUGGCCUACAGCGUGGGUACCACCGGGGCGGACUCAGGCACGGUCACUCAAGUCUCUGCUCUCCCUGUCCCUGCCUGGCCAGACCGUUUGGAGGCCCCCAGCAGCCCCUGGUGUAGGCAGAACCACGCCCUACAGCACCACCCGGCAGGCGUGGGCGGGACCCAGGCUGUCCCCAGAGGAGGACUGCGGAGUACGGAGGUUCGGAGUAAGUCUUCCUCUGUGCUCUGCGCUGGCGCUGCGGUCCAAACUCUUUGGAACUCCCCGGUUUCUGCCACCAGGCAUCUCUUGCUUUCCCUGCGCCACCCCUUCCUCUGCCCCUAGGCCUGGGACACCCUUCCGACAGGAAGCGGCUCUUCCAGCCCCAGAAACGCUGACACUGGGUUUUCUCCCAGCUGCUCCUGCUGUCAACAGGGGCCCUACAUGGCAUCACCCGCCUCCACCAACCCAGCACAUGACCACUUUGAGACCUUUGUGCAGGCACAGCUGUGCCAGGAUGUACUGAGUAGCUUUCAGGGGCUCUGUAGAGCCCUGGGAGUGGAGUCUGGUGGGGGAUUGUCCCAGUACCACAAGAUCAAGGCCCAGCUCAACUACUGGAGUGCCAAGUCACUGUGGGCCAAGUUGGACAAGAGAGCGAGCCAGCCUGUGUACCAGCAAGGCCAGGCCUGUACCAACACCAAGUGUCUCGUGGUAGGUGCCGGGCCUUGCGGACUUCGGGCUGCUGUGGAGUUGGCACUGUUAGGUGCCCGAGUGGUACUUGUGGAAAAGCGUAUCAAGUUCUCUAGGCACAAUGUGCUCCAUCUCUGGCCCUUCACCAUCCAUGACCUUCGGGCACUUGGGGCCAAGAAGUUCUACGGGCGCUUCUGUACUGGCACCCUGGACCAUAUCAGCAUCCGACAGCUUCAGCUGCUUCUACUGAAGGUGGCCUUACUGUUGGGGGUGGAGAUUCACUGGGGCGUCAAAUUCACUGGCCUCCAGCCCCCUCCCAGAAAAGCCUGACCUGGGAGAGUGUAGGGCCCCUCUGACCUCUACACCUUUGUGGCUCUCAUGCUCUCUGUCUCAGGGAGUGGCUGGCGUGCUCAGCUCCAGCCCAACCCCCCAGCCCAACUGGCCAGCUAUGAGUUUGAUGUCCUCAUCUCAGCUGCAGGAGGCAAAUUUGUCCCUGAAGGCUUCACUAUACGAGAGAUGCGUGGCAAACUGGCCAUUGGCAUCACAGCCAACUUUGUGAAUGGGCGCACGGUGGAGGAGACACAGGUGCCGGAGAUCAGUGGUGUAGCUCGAAUCUACAACCAAAAAUUCUUCCAGAGCCUGCUCAAAGCCACAGGUAUUGAUCUGGAGAACAUUGUAUACUACAAAGACGAGACCCACUACUUUGUGAUGACAGCCAAGAAGCAGUGCCUGCUGAGGCUGGGGGUGCUGCGCCAGGACUUGUCAGAGACUGAUCAGCUGCUGGGCAAAGCUAAUGUGGUACCGGAGGCUCUGCAGCGCUUUGCCAGAGCAGCGGCUGACUUCGCCACACAUGGCAAGCUUGGGAAACUGGAGUUUGCUCAGGAUGCACGCGGGCGGCCUGAUGUGGCGGCCUUCGACUUCACAAGCAUGAUGCGGGCAGAGAGUUCCGCUCGUGUCCAAGAAAAGCAUGGUGCUCGCCUACUGCUGGGGCUGGUGGGGGACUGCCUAGUGGAGCCCUUCUGGCCUCUGGGCACUGGAGUAGCCCGAGGCUUCUUGGCAGCCUUCGAUGCAGCCUGGAUGGUGAAGCGGUGGGCAGAGGGCGCUGGGCCGCUAGAGGUGUUGGCUGAACGCGAGAGCUUGUACCAGCUUCUGUCACAAACAUCCCCCGAGAAUAUGCAUCGAAAUGUAGCCCAGUAUGGGUUGGACCCUGCCACCCGAUACCCCAACCUGAACCUCCGGGCUGUAACCCCCAAUCAGGUACAGGACCUCUAUGAUAUGAUGGACAAGGAGCAUGCUCAGAGGAAGAGUGACGAGCCGGAUUCCAGGAAGACAACCACAGGGUCCGCAGGCACGGAGGAGCUUCUGCACUGGUGCCAGGAGCAGACAGCUGGCUUUCCUGGAGUCCAUGUCACUGACUUUUCUUCCUCGUGGGCUGAUGGGCUAGCUCUGUGUGCCCUGGUACACCACCUACAGCCUGGCCUGCUGGAACCCUCGGAGCUGCAGGGCAUGGGAGCUCUAGAAGCCACUACCUGGGCACUGAGGGUGGCAGAACAUGAGCUAGGCAUCACACCAGUGUUGUCUGCACAGGCAGUCAUGGCUGGCAGUGACCCACUGGGUCUCAUUGCCUACCUCAGCCACUUCCACAGUGCCUUCAAGAACACGAGCCACAGCUCAGGCCUUGUCAGCCAGCCCUCUGGAACCCCCAGUGCUAUACUUUUCCUUGGCAAACUCCAGAGGAGCCUACAACGGACCCGCGCCAAGGUAGACGAGGAGACUCCGAGCACUGAGGAGCCGCCUGUCUCCGAGCCCAGUAUGUCUCCAAACACUCCAGAGCUCUCUGAACACCAGGAGGCUGGGGCAGAGGAGCUGUGUGAACUCUGUGGGAAACAUCUGUACAUCCUAGAACGCUUCUGUGUGGAUGGCCAUUUCUUUCACCGGAGCUGCUUCUGCUGCCAUACCUGUGAGGCCACAUUGUGGCCAGGUGGCUAUGGGCAACAUCCAGGAGAUGGACAUUUCUACUGUCUCCAGCACCUACCCCAGGAGGACCAAAAGGAGGCUGACAACAAUGGAAGUCUGGAGAGCCAGGAGCUCCCAACACCAGGAGACAGCAACAUGCAGCCAGACCCCUCCUCUCCUCCUGUGACGAGGGUCAGCCCUGUCCCAAGCCCCAGCCAGCCUGCACGUCGGCUGAUCCGGCUCUCCAGUUUAGAACGCCUACGGCUGUCCUCCCUGAAUAUCAUCCCUGACUCAGGAGCGGAGCCUCCUCCCAAACCCCCAAGGAGCUGCUCAGACUUGGCCCGAGAAUCCCUGAAGAGCAGCUUUGUGGGCUGGGGUGUGCCAGUCCAAGCACCACAAGUUCCUGAAGCCAUAGAGAAAGGGGAUGAUGAGGAGGAGGAAGAGGAAGAAGAGGAGGAGGAGGAGGAGCCACUGCCACCUUUGGAGCCAGAGUUGGAGCAGACUCUGCUGACCUUGGCCAAGAACCCAGGUGCCAUGACUAAGUACCCAACGUGGCGUCGAACCCUCAUGCGCCGUGCCAAAGAGGAGGAGAUGAAGAGGUUUUGCAAGGCCCAGGCCAUCCAGCGAAGACUGAACGAGAUUGAGGCCACUAUGCGGGAGCUGGAGGCCGAAGGCACGAAGCUGGAGCUGGCCUUGAGGAAAGAGAGUAGCUCUCCAGAACAGCAGAAGAAACUCUGGCUGGAUCAGCUGCUACGGCUCAUUCAGAAGAAGAACAGCCUAGUGACUGAAGAGGCCGAGCUCAUGAUCACGGUGCAGGAGCUGGAUCUGGAAGAGAAGCAGCGGCAGCUAGACCACGAGUUGCGGGGCUACAUGAAUCGGGAAGAAACUAUGAAGACAGAGGCCGACCUGCAGUCUGAGAACCAGGUCCUAAGGAAGCUGUUGGAGGUGGUGAACCAGCGGGAUGCUCUGAUCCAAUUCCAGGAGGAACGGAGGCUCAGAGAGAUGCCUGCAUAGAUGGGAGCCCAGGGCUAGAAGAUGAUGGUUAGCUGCCUCCCUGCCCCGUAAGCAAGACACCAUCACAAGGGCUGUACCUCCGCCAUCUGGACUGCUUAGUCAGAGGCUUCGUUGUUUACAAUAAAAGGAUUAUGACCAUGAA